AUGGUUUCCGCUCAAAUUACCAACCUGGCCAUCAUCUUGGUGAUGAUGCAGCUGGCCAAGAAGGUUCCCUUUGAGAACCCAGAUGUGCUCAUGGCUGUGCGCGGUCUGUACAUUCUGUCCAACGUGAUCAUCCUGGCCAUCAACCUGUACACUCAGGCCAAGAUCAGUUCGAAGAAGGAUAUGACCACGCUCAAGUACGUUGAGCCCGCUGCCAUGGGCACCGGCGAGGAGGGCAAGCCCGUCACCACCACCAACAUGGACUACGACAAGGGUCAGGUGCGCCAGCUGUUCCGCACUCAGUUGAUGGGUGUCGGCAUGAUGGCCGUCAUGCACUUCUACAUGAAGUACACCAACCCUCUCCUCAUCCAGUCCAUCAUUCCCCUCAAGGGCGCCUUUGAGAGCAACCUGGUCAAGAUCCACGUUUUCGGCAAGCCCGCCACCGGUGACUUGGCCCGCCCCUUCAAGAGCGGUGGUGGCUUCAUGUCCCAGGGUCAGCCCAAGAGCGACAAGGCCUCCAUUGAGAAUGCGGAGAAGAACUACCGCGGUGGUGUCAAGGAGGAGUAA